GGAGCAGGACACCGAAGCGUAAAGACAAAUCAGAUUGAAACGCCGCUUCGUGUGUCUCUGGUAGUACUUUCCCCGCCGACAGAUCCUCUCCGCUCAGGCUCAGGGGCAGGCAGCAUGAUGCACUACUUAUACCAGCAGGAGAUCCAGCGGGAGAACCGGCGGCGGAGCCUCCUGCUCCGGCUGAUGGAGGAAGGCCGCGUCGACCCGCCGGCCGGGCCAUCUCCGAUCUUCCGCCACCGUGCUAACAUCAUCGUCAGGUGCGUUUCAACCAUACUGAGCCUGGCGAUUCUAGCCUCCCUGUUGGUGCUCAAGUACAAGUACCACCUGCCCGAGCUGCAGGAUCCCCUUGACAUGGCGGCGUGUGUGUUUGUAGCGCUCUGCUUCGCUCCAACCGUGUUCCUGUGUACUCAAGGAGACUAAUUAACCCACAUCCAAACUAUGUUGGAUUCUUGUUUGCUUCUUGGCAACAUCUUGCAAGUCUGUCAGAAAGAUGAACAGUUGAGGGGAACACCUUAGUAGCCAUU